GAGGGAGGCCGUUUUGACUGGCCUCAACACCCCCAGCGAACCCUUCUUUCCUCAUCGCCGCCCCGUGCCCCCUUCGCUCUCCCCCGGCAACUUCCCUUCCGCUACCUGCCGGCCUCGAUUGGAGUCGGAAUCAGAUUGGUAGAUGGAUCACCACAUGCAAAAUCAACGCAGGACUACAAUGAGUGACGAUGGAGACCAUACCUGCCCGCUCUGUGCUGAGGAGAUGGACAUCACUGACCAGCAGCUGAAGCCAUGCAAAUGCGGCUAUGAUAUCUGCGUCUGGUGCUGGCACCACAUCAUAGACAUGGCUGAAAAGGAGGAGACAGAGGGCCGCUGCCCUGCAUGUCGCACUCGCUACGACAAGGACAGGAUUGUCAAGAUGGCUGCCACUUGUGAGAGGAUGGUACCAGAGAAAAAUGCAGAGAAGAAACACAAGACCCAGAAGGUUAAGCCGAAGGCAGCAGCACCUGCAGCGGCAGCAGCAACAACAUCUACCGUAGAAGCUAAGAAGCAUCUGGCUAGUGUCAGGGUUAUCCAGAGGAAUUUGGUGUACAUAAUUGGGCUACCUGUACAUUUGUGCAAUGAGAGUGUACUUGAGCGUAGGGAAUAUUUUGGUCAAUACGGGAAAGUUUUGAAGGUUUCAGUUUCCCGUCCGACUGGGCCUCCUUCCCAGCAGGCUUCAGCAAACAACAAUAUUAGUGUAUAUAUAACUUAUGCCAAAGAAGAAGAGGCCAUCCGGUGUAUUCAAUCUGUACACAAUUUUGUCUUGGAAGGAAAAGUGUUAAGAGCAUGCUUUGGUACUACAAAGUAUUGCCAUGCAUGGCUGCGGAACAUGACAUGUGGGAAUCCAGAUUGCCUCUAUUUGCAUGACAUAGGCAGUCAGGAGGAUAGUUUUACUAAAGAUGAGAUCAUCUCAGCAUAUACAAGGACUAGGGUCCCCCAGAUGGCAUCUGCUGUUUCGCAAAGACGGGCAGGCACUGUAUUGCCUCCCCCAGCUGAUGAUUUCUCUUACAGUGCGGUGGUAUCAGCCAAGCAUACAAUCAAGAAUGGAACACUUAAUACCACCAACCAGCCGAGGCUUUCACCUCCAAAUAGUAGUUCUGGAAGGUCCACGCUUCCACCAGCUGCCUCAUGGGGGCAUCGUGAUUUGAAUGCCAGGACAACAGCUGUUCGGGUGACAUUACCCGAGUCUCAUACAAAAACAAAGUCAGAGCCACAAAAUAAUUCAUUUUCAAGUUCUUCAACAGUUUCGAGUACAAAAAUACCUUCUUCAUGGAAUGACGAUACAAGUGCAGCACCAACAAUGUCUGAAGGAUGGCAGUUGUUGGAACAAGAUAGCACAUCAAAAACCUUACAGCCAUAUAAGCCUGGUAUUGCAAAGGAAACGCAAGCUGUAUCAUCAUUGGAGUCAUCAGUGGACAUAGACUUCUCUACAAUACCUUCAGCUUGGAACGAUGAUGACAUUGCAGUGUCAGAUGGGAUGACAAAGGGAAGCGAGGAUCAAGUUGCAAAUGAAAAUGUAAAGUUGACCCAUCUAGUGUCUAACUCGCCAAUAUCACCUAAGAAAGACAUGACAGUGAACAUUACCAAUAAAACUCCUCCAGACUUUGUAUCAAGUCUAGCAAUAUCGAAAUCAGAUUUAAAGACUUGUGACAGUGACUGCUCAAUUACCGAUAUUGCUCCUAAAAGCCCUACUUCAAAUGCUGUUAACUGCCAAUCUAGUAAUGCAGUCCAUGAGAAAAUACUGGAGGAUAAUAGAACCUGGGAUGCUGGCAUUGAGAAUCUAUCUAGUUAUGAAGUCGGUGAGAAAAUACUGGAGGAUAAUAGAACCCAGGACGCUGGCAUUGAGAAUCUAUCUGUUCAGAUGUCUUCAGUAACAUUAGAUGGCAAACAAGAGAUUCAUAGUGUGGUAGGAAAUCAUGAAUCAGAUGCAAUGCUAUGCACAUCUGUUGUGGUUCCCAUGGGUCAGAAUUUUGACAAAGACCAAUCUCAUCUGAAGCUUGAUGGGUCUCUACCUUCAGAAAAUAAGGACACUGUUCUUUCUUGUCGAUAUAAUGUGGACAGUCAUCUUGAUUGGAGUUCAGAGCUGCAAAGCUGUAGUGCGACUCCUUUAAAUGAUAUAGUAAAUUCUUCAAUUAUCACUGAGACACUUAAUAGUAGGUUGAUGGAUGGUUCAGCCCAACCAUCAUAUUCGUCAUUUGCCCGUUUUCCUAAUACAUUUGAUACUUCGUUGUGGAAGGAUACAGAAACUAAUCCUGCAUUGAUGAUUGGCACUAGAAAUUCUUCACAGAUGCAGACUGGAUUUUCUUCAAUCAAUAACACUUAUUCCUUGUUAAGUGGACAUCCUGGAAUGGGAAGUCAUCAGUCUGAACCAAUGGGUUCAGUAAGAACUGAUAGUGUAGGAAUUUUUGACAGGACUGUAAGUGUAAAUAAAGAUGAGAGCAGGAUAAUUUCUGAUAUGUUGUCAUCUGAGUUUAAUCCGUGGGAUGAUUCAUAUUCAACUGCUAACAAUUUUGUUAGGAUGCUUAGCGAAUCUGAAAAUAAUGAUGUUCCUUUCACAAUGCCUUCAUGGAGAUCAGGAUCUGGCAGCAAAGAGUCAAGGUUUUCGUUUGCUAGACAGGAUAACCAAGGAAACUUCUUGGAAUCAUCUAUCAGAAACUCUGGUAAUGAGCAGAAUUUUGGUUUGCCAUCCCAAAUUUCCCAAGGAAAUAAGUACCAGAAUGGCCUUGCAUUCCAAUCCGUAGAGAAUGAUUUUUCCAGUAGCAAUUCUCUUGCUGUGUCAGAAAUGGCAACUACUGGUACAUCAUGGUCUAAAAUAUCUGCACCUCCAGGAUUUUCAGCAGCAGCAAGAGUCCCCCCUCCUGGAUUUUCUUCUGGAUUUCCAUCCCAAGAUGGUAUUAAUCCACCUCCCGGGUUUUCUUCUGGAAUUUCAUCUCAUGAUGGGUCUAUCCCCCCUCCUAGAUUCCGUUCUGGAAUUUCAUCUCAGGAAGUGUCUAAGCCCCCACCUAGAUUGGCUUCUCCAUUUUCUUCGGGGUUUCCAUCUCAGGAUGGGCCUAACUCCCCUUCUAGAUUCCCUUCUGCAUUUUCUUCUGGAUUUGCAUCACAGGGUCGGUCUAAUCAGGUGUAUGGCUCAAAAUACUCAGAAACUCUUCUCCAGGAUAAUGUUUUGGGCAGCAACAGUAAUCAUUAUCGAGCUCUGUUUCGCAGACACACAAGUGAUGUUGAAUUUAAUGAUCCUGCUAUAUUGGCUGUGGGCAAAGGGCGAUUGCCCGGAAUUGGGGAUUCAGGGCUGGAGAUUAAUAAUACCCCUACUUUCCCAGCACAGUUGCAAACAUCGAAUAAUGACCUUAUGUUUCAGUUAUCUAUGCAACCGAAUGUGCCAUCUCAUCAGAACAUGAGAUUCACAGACCAUACGCAGGAUGCCUUUAACCCUAUGAAUGAUAAUCACCUGGCUUCCAGAUUUUUGGCGCAGAAUCAUGGUGCCGUAUCACCUUACUCGCAGAGGCCGCAACAACCUGGAAACUCACAGCUUAUAAAUGGUCAAUGGGAUGGAUGGAGUGAUUUGAGACAAGGGAGUAACACCCCUUUGUCAGACAUGUCAAGGAUGCUAUAUCCAAGUGAAGCGAACAACUUGCACAUGCUGGGCUCAAAUGAUAUUUAUAACAGAGCCUUCAGAAUGUGAUUUGUCUCAUGGCAGAUGCAAUUUUGACUCGACAUGUUCUUCCGUGGGGCUUUUGUGGAGUUGUGGAACUGGUUGCCCGGUGCAUAGUCUGUCUGAUGCGGGUACUGCUUGUUGUGCUUAUGAGCUGGAACAUGAGUUUUCAUUGGGAUUUUAAUUGAGCAACAUGAACCUGAGCUUUGGUCCAGCCCUUUGAAAUUACCAGGUAUGCAUGCUGCUGUGGUAUUCAGAUGGUGGUAUUAUAUGCAGCUGUUUGUUAUUACCCUGUCCUUGGUGCAGCAUUGACUAGUUCUUGUCAGGAAAACAUUAUGAGUUGUUGUUCCACAUUACUUACGUGUUGUGUGGUUAUUGAAAGCAGCUGCUCUACGCGGUUGGUUCACAAACAAGUUAAAAGCUGACUGUUUGCUUUGUCGCUUGAUUAUCAGGUUCCUUCUAUUUUAUAAUAUGCGAAAGAUGCGCUGAGAUGAGCAAAGCAACUGAAGGCGAAGUAGAUAGAGAUCUCUGCGCAUGUGGUCCAUGGGAAAGAGUUUGAGAUGCUAGGGUCAUAAGAGCAUAUGCAGUGUGCUGUAUAUAUUUCGAUGCUUGAAACACCAAAUCAGAACUGCUACCCCCGUUUUAUUUUUAAUUUUUUUGCUGUAAUUGUGCAAAUCGUGUUUGGGGUCCACAGUUCAAAUAGACAGGGCAGAAAAGUUAUCCUUUUUCUCCUCUCAAGUGCAAUUUGCCAAGCAGAAAGGUUGCAUGGCUUGGCAAGAAUGAAUCUGCAUCUUUGAGGGGCCCCUCCUCGAGUCUGUGGCCUACAGGCAGGCAGGCUGGAAUGGAUGACGUUGUAGAUGAUGAUGCGUAAUGCGUUGAUAUAGUAAUAUUUGUAAUUA